AUGACGUUCCUUCGCAUAAUUGCCGGAAAGCCGACCGUGGCGCCAACUUCUGGAACGGCGGCAUCCAUUACGGCACGCCUGACCGAGGCGUCGGCCGCCACAAUUAGGCGGGCCGCAGCCAUGCACCCCAUUGCCGCUGUCGAGAUGGAACUGAGCCUGUUCACGACUGAAGCGCUGGCGAACGGCGUCGUCGACGCAUGCAGGGAGCUGGGGAUUCCCAUGGUUGCCUACAGCCCCCUCGGCAAGGGCUUCCUGCCAGGAAGCAUGCGCUCCCUGGACGACCUUCCCAAGACGGACCUACGCCGCGUGUUCCCACGAUUUCAGCCCGAGUGCUUCGCCCGGAACCUGAAGCUCGUCGAAGCCAUCGGCCGCGUGGCCGAACGCAAAGGGUCGACGGCUGGGCAGGUUGCCAUCGCCUGGGUGCGCCAGGUCGGCGCCCUCCCGCUGCCGGGGUCGACGAGAAUAGAGGGAGUGAACGAGAACUGCAGGGAAAUUCCCCUCGACGAGGGGGACCUUCGCGAGAUCCAAGAGGUCGUGGACACCAUGCCCGUGGCUGGGGACCGGUAUCCGCCAGCCUACAUGAAGCAAUUGAACGUAUAA